CAUCAAUUCGAUUCAUCAACUCAUCCAAAAUCAAUACAAUAUAUCAUAUAAUUUCUUGAAUUAGGCUUAAGACUUUCAAACUUUCUCAAUUGUUAAGAAUCCAUGUCAGCCUUGAUUUUCCAUGUCACUCUUAUUAUUUUAAAUUUUUAAACUCAACACCGAUUAAAAAUAAAUGAACAUAUAUAUAAAUAAGUGUUACUAGGAUUCAAACACACAACCUAUAAUGCCUAUAUAUAUUAUAGUGUAAAGUUUCUGACGAGUAAGACAAACUAUAUAUGACGAUAUUGAUUGCAAAACUAAUAAGAUUAAAUCCAUUGAUUAUAUGAAUUAUUAAAAAGAUUGAUACUAUCAUGUCAUUAAACAUGUUUGAUAUGUUCAUUCUAAAUUUUUUAUCCUUUCACUUCAUCAAUAAAAUAGAUAUUUAAUCAAAAUUUAGUUGAAUUAAGAGUGGAUCUUAUGAUAUGAGCAUAAGUUUUAUGAUUACAAAUAAAUUACAUCAAUUCAAAUUAUCAACUAAUCUAAAAACAAUUUAAUUAUAAUUUUGACUCAAUAAUAAUUAUAAAAACAAUUCAGCCAAUGGCCAAAAACAAAACUAGUAUAUAAUAAACAUUGGUUAUGUGUUCGAUAUUUUAAAUUGACUUUGUAGUAAUAUAUAUUUGUAUAUAUUUUCCAACCAUGAAACUCUAACCAGGUAUUUGAAAUAACUUUGAUGUCUAUAAUAUAUUCAUUAUACAAUCUAGUCUCUGCACGGUAAAAACUAAACUUUUGAAGAAUUUCGUGGGGAAUCCUAGAAGCGUGGAGCUUAUUGAAGAAUUUAACAACUUCAUUGGCUCUUACAACCUAGUGGAUCUUCCACUCCAAGGAUCUAAAUUCACCUGGAGCAAAGGGGGUUUGGAGAAUUCGCUUUCUCGUAUCGACAAAGCUCUUAUUAAUGUAAGCUUUGAAGAGGAUUUUGGCCCUGAUGCACUCUCUGCUCUGGAAAGAGUGAAAUCUGAUCAUAACCCAAUUCUUAUGCAGUGGGGAAUGAAGGAUAACUUCCGUCAUUCGUGGCGCUUUGAGAAUAUGUGGCUCGCUGAAGAGAGUUUCUUUCAGGGUUUGGUGGCCUGGUGGAGCGUUCCUGUUUCAGGGACGAGUCAUCUGGUCAGGUUUGGUCAAAAAGGGAAACAAUCAAAGCUCCUAAUUAAGCAGUGGAACAGAGAUCAUUUUGGGAAAGUGGACAGAAAGAUUGCUGACCUUAUGACUAGUAUUAACGUUAUUAACUGAGGGUAAGGAGCCAGAAUCAUCAAUGAAAACCUGCUAGUGGAGAGAGACCUUCUGAAGUGUGAACUAGAAAGAACUUCGUUACUUGAGGAGAUUUCUUGGCGGCAGAAGUCCCGUGAAUUGUGGCUCAAAGUGGGAGAUAAAAACUCGGGUUUUUCCAUAUAAUGGCUAAUCAAAACAGAAGGAAAAAUAGAGUGAAGAGGCUGAAAAUCGAUGGUUGUGUGACUGAGGAUGAGACGGGGUUUAAAUCGCAAUUCAAGAUUCUUUCAAGAUUCAGCUCUCUUAAGAAGAUGAUAACAGGUCGUUUCCUAGUAAUUACAGGCCUCUUUUGCUCAAGGAUGAGGGGAAUGCUGCUCUAUCAAAGCCAUUUGUUGAGGCUGAGAUUUGGGAGGCCAUUCGAUGUUGCAAUGGAGACAAAGCGCCAGGGCCGGAUGGCUAUACACUGGAAUUUUUCAAAAAAUGUUGGGAUAUCAUAAAAUCGGAUCUCCUAAAGGCGUUGGAUGAUUUCUACCUCUCUGCAACUCUUCCUCAUGCGAUCGCCCACUCUUUUAUCUGCCUUAUUCCUAAUAGGGAAGCUUUCAAAGAAAACUCGGACUUCAGACCAAUAAGCUUACUGGGCAGCUUAAACAAGAUAAUUUCCAAGGUAUUAUUCAACCGGUUUCAGCCUUUCAUUAAUAGAAUUAUCUCCAGAAACCAGUUUGGAGGGAAAAAGGGUCGUGUGAUCCACGGAGAUAGUCUCAUAGCUAAUGAAAUUAUCGAUUGUCGCAACCGCCCCUCGAGAUCGGGGGAUCCGUCGCGUCACGCUCGGAGUCGCCAUCGACCUUAAAAGUAGUGGGCCGAACACUAAUUGGAUCGGUCUCGACCAUAGGGUCAAAAUCGGGAUUUGGUCUGCGAAAUUUUAGAAAUUCGGAUUUGGGAGUACGGUUACGUGUGGGGAAGUGUAUUCACACCCCACAAUGCCCAAAAAAGGUACUACUUAAAUUGAUAAGUUUUAAAGGGUUGGGUGUUUAAAUUGUUAAUGAUUUAACUUAAAGUCCUAUUGGACUAGUUAAGAUAAUUUGAAUUUCGUAUACUAUUGAUACACGAUGAGAUUUUACGUCUAUUGAAAUAUAUCUCGAAAAAUGAGAAGUUAUGGUUAAUUGGAAUCAAUUGAUUAAUGAUUAUGAAAAGAUUCCACCAUAAAAAGUUAUUAUGCACUAUUAACCAUGAUUUCAUUUUAUUGGAUCUUUAGGAAAAAAAUAUAUAUACAAAUGCGUAAUGACGUAGUGAAAAAGAUAUUUAGAAGAUUUUGAUGUAUAAAAAUAAUGACGAUCUAACUAGAUCAAAAUUUCUAAUACGUUUAAUUAAUUACGUAUUAAGCAUGAUAAGGAAUAAAAUUAGACGAGGGGCCUAAAAGGUUCAAGGAUUGUGAUAUUACUCAAUGGUUCGUUGUGUUGAGUAGUGGCGAGGUUUGAGGUAAAGGUCACUGCUUCAAUCCUCGAGAGCACCAUUUUUUUUUCUAAUUUAAAGAGGGGAGGGGCAGAUCAGUCAUUUAGAUAGCGGCCAGAGGUAUAUAAGGGACUUAACCUAGGAAACCCUAGGCGUCGUUCGAAUCUUCCUCCCUCUUGUCUCUUCACUCUAUGACACGAACCAAGAAGGAAAAACCCCAAAAAAAAAAUCAUCUCUCCCUUUUUCAUUUUGCCUUCUGAAAACCGAAACCCUCUCCUUUUAUUAACUUUCUUCUUCCUCCCGAGAUAAAAAAGGAGUAAAUCCCUCCCAUAUCUCACGUUCCACAGCAAAAUCGGACGGGAUCCCAGCCUAAAAUACGCCAUUGGAGCGCCGAUCAGCCUCCAAAUCGACGGUAAGUUGCGGAUUAUGUUUGCAUGUUUGAUUUUCUGGCUUUUUUGGAGUUUAGGGGUGCUGACUUUCCUUCUCUUGAUUUUUUGUUUCUGUUUGCGGGUAAGGGAAGGAAGAACGAAAGUUAUCGGCGGUCGUGGUUCUCGCCGUCAGCGAAGGAAGAUCGACUGCCAGACGCGACGAAAGGGGAUCUGGGUAAGUUUACUUUUGAUAUUUGAAUUUGAUUUCGGGUUUCUUUGUUAUUUUUAUUUUGAUUUUUGGAAUUUGGCUUUCUGUUGGGAGGAGACGGAGAGUCAACAGCGACGAGGGAGGAUUGAUUUCGUCGGCGAUGACAAAAUCGAAGGAUAACAAAAGGUAGGCUUUGCGGAUUUUUGUAACUUUGAUGCUACUCUCUUUGAUUGUGCAAGUACCGACUCUUCUUUCCUUAUUUUUUUCAGGUUUUGGAAACGGGCAGAGAGCUAGGUGAGGUUUUCCUAAACUCUGCUCGAAGUGGUUUGGGAGAAACACUAAAAAACGGAUUAUGAUGUAGGUUUGAAAACGAUUUACAGAUCUGAGGGGUCGUUUGAAAGUUGAGAUUCUUCAAAUAUGUGUAUUUGAUGAAUACAUCUAUUGUAAAUAC